UUUUAAUGGCUGCCUGCCGGUUGUUUGGUUUUGCACACCACUGACGCUACAAUUUCCUUGUUUUACUAAGAAUACCGUUAGAUUUCUAGCGUCAUAUAUCAAUUAUUAUAUGCUGUAUUGUAUUUUCUAGUCAGUGAACCAUAAUUAAUUAUCGGUAGUGAUUAAAACCUCGAAAUGGCGGCAGUACAAGGUACACCUGGAAACAAACCGUGGCCGGUCAGACCUGGCGUUCAGCAUCAGAACAGCCAGAAUAACAAUAAUUUGACGCUAAACAGGACGAUAAACCUGUACCCGCUGACUAAUUACACAUUUGGCACGAAGGAGCCAUUGUUUGAGAGGGACGCUUCAGUACCGGCGAGAUUUCAACGCAUGAGGGAGGAAUUUGUAAAGAUUGGCAUGAGAAGGUCAGUGGAAGGUGUAUUGUUAGUGCAUGAACACGGUCUGCCACACGUGCUGCUGCUGCAACUAGGGACCGCCUUCUUCAAGCUGCCUGGCGGAGAACUCAAUCCUGGAGAAGAUGAAAUUGAGGGGCUGAAAAGACUACUGACAGAGACGCUCGGCAGGCAAGACGGCGUCAAACAGGAGUGGCUCAUUGAAGAUACUAUUGGCAACUGGUGGCGCCCUAACUUCGAGCCGCCGCAGUACCCCUACGUGCCUCCCCACAUCACCAAGCCCAAAGAGCACAAGCGGCUCUUCUUAGUCCAACUGCAAGACCGGGCACUCUUCGCUGUACCCAAGAACUACAAGCUGGUGGCCGCCCCACUGUUCGAGCUGUAUGACAACGCUCAGGGCUACGGGCCUAUCAUUUCAUCGCUGUCGCAGAGUUUGUGCAGAUUCAACUUUAUUUAUAUGUAAAGUGGUAAGAAUGACUAUUGGUUGAUUGUUUUAUAGUUUAUAACAGGGGUUCCCAAUCCCCGGCCCGCGACGCGUUCCAAUCCGGCCCGCCGACACCCAAAGCGUCCGCGGGACCCAGGCUCCAGG